AUGUCCGCGCAGUCGCUCGCCCUCGCUCUCGGCCGCUGGCCAGGCGGCAUUGUUGACUAUGGACGAUACAUCGGCCUCGCAAAGCAAAGCUCACAAAGCAAGAAACACAGGUCGAGGCGACAGGCUGACAAUGAAGGUCUGUGUCUUGCCAAUGAAGUACACCAUAGCACUGAGGGCCUCUGCCUCACCAGUGAGAUCGAGGAUGAGCGGCAUCCUUACCGACCACUCCACCCUGCAACCAUCGACUCAGUUAUGCAGCAGGUACAGAAUGAUAUGUAUGCAGACUCGCAUGAGAAAGAAGUGGUGUCAGCAGCACCGACGCCUUCAAUGGAUACAUGGCCUCAGGAAACUGCGAAGCAUCCCAGGUGUCCCCAUCAUUCGCCGGACAUGCAUGGAAAAGAGAAGAUACUUCGAUACCGUAAUGGUCGCCCAAAGAAUGUACGCUUUCAGGAAGAGUACCCCCACCUCGCUGAGCAAUAUCACGAGCUCGAGGACUCACAGCGCAGCCCCACGGCACCACGAUCGCGAUCUUGCAACGAUCCACCGAAGUACAGUCCACCACAACACGUUAUUUAUUAUGAAGAUUUCCCGCGACAGUCAGAGCAAUAUUACGAGCUGGACGACUUCAAGUACUCGUAUUCACCAGGGGAAGAGGAUGAGAAGGCACUCCUGAGAAGUCUGGCUACCCUCAAUCUGUCCGAUGAACUUCAGGCCUCGAGAACUAUGUCCACGGGCUCAAGCCAACGAGGUCGUAAUGGCCUGAGAACUCUAUUCGGGGAGAAGCACUAUCAUCCAAAGGACUUUUUUGAGUUUGAUGACUUCAAAUAUCCGGAUUCUUCGAGUUCAGCCUAUGAUGAGGCCACACCCCUAAGACAUCAGAAGACGUCCAAGACCCGUAGAGACCCUGGAGCAGAUCAAAGGCGCACGAAAAGUCCGAUUAAACAAGCCUCGACAAGUAAUAAGACAUCGACGAAAGAGAACUCACCAAGGAAAACAAUCGAAAAUUUCAACGAGAAAAGAGACAAAGGUCACCACAAGAGUUCCAGACCAAGGGUUAGUUCAAAAGACUACGAGCCGAGGAAACUCAACUCAACACACAAAAAUAUGCCGAACGGGUUCUGGGGUCAGUACAACGAACCAAACGAAUCGGACACAUGGACCAGGACCUCAUCCUCCAGGACCUCAUCCUCCACCAGGUCGAGGGAAUCAGAGACAUGGUCAAGGGCCUCAACCAGAUCGGUGAAGUCCAAGCACACAGAGUCCCACUCUUUUUUCAAGGCAGACAUUAUCAGCGUAAAUGGCAAAUUCUUUUGUAGUCGAAAACCAAUGAGUCUUUUUAGGCACUGA